AUGCAACGGACUUGGAGAAGAAGCUACGAUGAGAUGGUGCCGGCUAGGACGAUCGAGGAUUCGCUGAAGGAGCUGGAAGGGUUUAUCACGUCAAUCCAUUCUGGUAAAACGAUACCGGUUGAUGAUUUGGGCAGCCCAAGGGAGCUCUUUCCGAGCAGCGACAGUAAUUACACCACGAGAACAGCGAUUCCGAGAAGCAGCUACUUCGUUAAUGAACUUCCAGAGUUUCACUCUUUGGUUUCGAGUACUGGGGUAACAUACCAUAUAAACCGAAUGUCAAUGGCGGUGAAGCAGAAAAAUGGUGAAAACGGCCGCAAGUCGUGUGGGAAGAAGAGCUCUGCGAUUAUUCCGCCAUGGAUCGACGUCCCAGAACAUUCGCGGUUCUUUGUGAUAAAGUCUUCGUGCCUGGAACACGUCAAGAAAUCAUUCUACAACGGUAUCUGGUCGUCGACACACUUUGGUAACAAAAGAUUGUCAGAAGCGUACGCGAGCUUGGCAGUCGGGGCGAAGAUCUUUCUGUUCUUCUCGGUCAAUGGCUCCGGACGUUUCUGUGGGGUCGCGGAGAUGACCUCUGAUCUGGAGUCCGGUCUAGAUACCAGCAUAUGGGGUGACACUAAGAGAUAUGGGACAGCCUUCAAGGUUAGGUGGAUAAUAGUUCGUGAUGUGCAGAAUCGGUUGUUGAAGAGGUUUCUGAUCCCGGCUAACGAGAUGAAACCGGUGACAAACUCAAGAGACACACAAGAGAUCCCCGCGGCGAUCUGCAAAUCAAUCUUGAAGCUCUUCAAGUAUGAUCAGAGUAACGUGCAAUCGUUUUUGGAUCACGACUAUAGCUAG